AUGAAUAUUGAGGACUACUUUGCAAGAAUUUCUUAUGAUGGUCCCCAGGACAAAUUGGACUUAGAAACCUUAGCAGCAAUCUUCCUGUGUCACAUCCGAGCUGUGCCAUUUGAAAAUCUCAGCAUCCACUGUGACGAACCCAUUAUGCUGGAAUUAGAGGCCAUAUAUGACAAAAUAGUGAAGCGGAAUAGGGGUGGUUGGUGCCUGGAGAACAACCAACUUCUCUUCUGGGCCUUUCAGAUGAUGGGCUAUGAGGUUAGUCUUUUAGGAUCCUGCAGUUACGACCCCAUUACAGAAACAUACAAUGAAAGCUUAAACCACCUCAUACUAAAAGUGGUCAUUGGUGGCCACAUAUACAUUGUAGAUGGUGGCUUUGGGGUGGCCUGCCAGAUGUGGCAGCCAAUGGAACUGGUUUCUGGGAAAGACCAGCCUCAAAGCCCAGGCAUCUUCCGCUUUACAGAAGCCGAUGGAGUGUGGUACUUCGAUAAAUUAAAGAGAAAGCGGUGCAAGGCAGAUCCCGGCAACAGGUCACUCUAUUUUGAUGUUCCAGAAGACGUGAGCUGCAAGAACAUUUUCUCAUUUACCCUGCAGCCACGAACGAUAGAGGAGUUCCAGCCUGCCCACGUAUAUUACCAAACACACCCAGAUUCUUUCUUCAAAAAGAAAUCCAUCUGCAGCCUCCAAACUACCAGUGGGUUUCAGGCUUUGAUUGGAUGGACCUUCACUGAGAUGAAAUAUAAUUAUAAGGAUAACAUGGAUCUGGUGGAAAGAACCACCCUUACUGACCAAGAAGUGGAGAACAUUCUGCUAGAGCGAUUCAGCAUUAGAUUAGAUAAGAAAUUUGUCCCCAUUAACAUUAGCCUAGUUUGA